AUGGUCCUCAUCGACGGGGUCAAGUACGCCUGCCAGCAGUGCAUCAAGGGGCACAGAUCUUCCAAGUGCACCCAUACGACCCGCCCGCUCGUCGAGAUCAAGAAGAAAGGCCGGCCGACGAGCCAGUGUGCGCAUUGCAGGGAGUUACGCAAGACCAAGUCGGUCCACGCACGUUGCGAUUGUGCGGCCAGGGAGGCGGAACAGAAACAGCAGGCGAAGAUUCUUCCGAACGGUCUCGUUGACGCUGUGAACGCUUCGAGCAGCUCUGGAGCUCCCUUGACCGCCACUGCACCUUCCGGAGUGACACGUCUUCUGAACCCAUGUGACUGCCUUCGCGGCGGCGUAUGCACUUGCUGCACCGCCGUGAAGAAGCCAGCACCGAAAAAACUGCCGGGCGAGGAAGCGGCUGCUCUGGCGGCUUCAUCGAGCGGUGGAUGCUGCUCCGCAUCUGUGACAUCCUCUCUCGACGACUACUUCACCGAGACCCUGCCCGUCCCGCCCACCCUCGACUCGUACGGCGACAUCGUCGUCACCCCGCUUCCCCAGCCGUCCACUUCGACCCUUCCUACCCUUCCUCUCAUCCCCGAAGCUCCUCCUUCCGACGCCUACCUCCCUCCUCCUGCUUUCCCGCCCUCACCUCCUUCAUCAACCCAGCCCCUCUCCGACCCGCUCUUCCUCCCAACCCGCACAGCCGGAACCUUCGCCUGCUUCUGCGGCCCAACAUGCGCAUGCGUCGGAUGCGCCGUGCAUGACCCGUAUUCGCGGAAGAGGCCGGCGGAAGGCGGAUGCGGAGAUGGAGGAGGAUGUCGCUGCGGGACUGGGAGGGGUUGCGAGAUGGAGGAGAGCAAGAGGGCGAGGCUGGAAGUGACGCCAGCGCCGCCUACCUUCGCGACAUCCGGCCUCGAGCUCCCCUCACUCUCGCUCGGGGCCGACCACUCAGACUUUUCCUCGCUCGUCUCGCCUACACCUCCAACCUCCGACCCUCUCCCUUCCCUUCGCACACUCUGGCCCGCCAUCCUCGACCUCGACGCUGCUCUCUCGAACGGCCCGACAGACCCAUCCGCACUCCUCGACGAUACCUCCACCUUCUCUACGUCCGCACAGCUGCCGGGCAAGCUUCAGCUUACGGCUUGUUCGGCGAUGUUCCUCGAGGAACCGCUUGGCGACGCGUGCGAGGAGGAAGAAGGAGGGUGUCAGUGCGACGCGUCGUGCGGGUGUAAGAAGUCGGCGGCGGACGAGGGCGAGGCGGAGAGGCUUGCGAAGCUUGCUGCGAGCGGCGCUUUCGGCUGA